CUGGUUUUUGAGCUGCCCUGAUCCCAGGAGUGAACUCAGCUGCCUGUCUGCCCUGGACGCAGGUCCUGGGAGCUCCUGGUUGGCAAGUGACACCUCUGGGAUAUAAGUGCGGCUGGUGGGAAGCCAGAGGUAAACCGCCGGGUCACUGCCCCCACCAUGUCGCAGGUGAUGUCCAGCCCCCUGCUGGCAGGAGGCCACGCAGUCUGCUUGGCUCCCUGUGAGGAACCCAUGAGGGCUGUGCACCCAGCACCCAGCCCCAGCCUGCCACCCCAGUGUCCUUACUACACCACAGAAGGCUGGAGAGCCCAGGCCCUGAUGGCCCCCAUGCCCUGCAAGGAGCCCCCCCACAGGCUCCAGCAGACCCCACAGGCUGGAGCCAAAGCCAGCUGCCUCCUACGGUCCCCUGGUGAGCAGACCUCAGGGGCCCUGGAGGACCUUGACUCCUACAUUGACUUGUCACUGGAGAGCCUCAACCAGAUGAUUCUGGAACUGGAUCCCACCUUCCAGCUGCUCCCCACAGGGGCUGGCGGCCCGUGGGCUGAGCCCACCCAGAGCGCUACCUCGAGGAAAAAGAAAGACGAGCCUGACGCCUUGGAUAUAAAGUACAUCGAGGUGACCUCCACCAGAUCAAGGGGCCACGAUGGCCCCCAGCGCUCCUCCAGCUCAUCUGUCACCCCACCUUUCGGCUCCCCACGCAGUGGCGGCCUCCUCCUUUCCAGAGACAUCCCCCGAGAGACUCGAAGCAGCAGUGAAAGCCUCAUCUUCUCGGGGAGCCAAGGCAUUGGGCAUCAGCGCCCUCCUCCCCCAUCUGGGUCUCCGUCCUCUCAACCCCCACCCUCUCCCAGCAUCUCCAUCCCUUGCAUGAGGAGCAGGGCCUCAGGCUCCAAUGGCUUUGGUUCCCCACUGGGGGCUUCUCCAGGCUUGGAGAAGGGGCAGGGAGGCCCAGCCACACAGCGAGGCAGCAGGGUCUUCAUGCUGUCAGCCAGCCCAGCAACUGAUGUCAGCUACAUGUUUGGAAGCAGCCAGUCCCUUCUCCACUCCAGCAUCUCCAGCCAACAGUCAUCUUCUAGGUCCUUGGAAAGCCCAGCCAGCUCUUCCUCCAGCCUCCACAGCCUCAGCCCAGUGUCCCUGUGUACGAGAGCCAGUGACAACCAGGUCCCCAGAAAUACCACCCCAAGCAUGGCCCAGCCCAGAGCAACCUGUUCCCCACCACUGGCCAAGGAGCAUCCCAGCAGCUGCCCCGCCUCCAUCGCCAACUCCAUGGUGGACAUACCCAUCGUGCUGAUCAACGGCUGCCCAGAACCAGGGUGUCCGCCACCUCAACGGACCCCAGGACACCAGGACUUGGCCCGACCUGGGGCUGCCUCUGCCAGCAACCCUAGUCCAGCCACCAGGAGCCACAGCCAGACCCCGUCGGAUGCCUCUCCCACCGCCUCCCCAGAGGGUCCCGCCAGGGACAUGCAGCCCACCAUGAAAUUUGUGAUGGACACCUCUAAAUACUGGUUUAAGCCAAGCAUCACCCGAGAGCAAGCAAUCGAGCUGCUGAGGAAGGAGGAGCCAGGGACUUUCGUCGUGAGGGACAGUUCCUCAUACCGAGGCUCCUUUGGCCUUGCCUUGAAGGUGCAAGAGGCCCCUGCACCGGCCCAGAACCAAUCAGGCGAGGACAGCAGUGACUUCAUCCGCCACUUCCUCAUUGAGUCUUCUGCCAAAGGGGUGCAUCUCAAAGGAGCGGAUGAGGAGCCCUACUUUGGGAGCCUCUCGGCCUUUGUGUGCCAGCAUUCCAUCAUGGCCCUGGCCCUGCCCUGCAAACUCACCAUCCCGCAGAAAGAAUUGGGAGGUGGAGACGGAGCCUCAGACCCCUCUCCAGACAGCCGGGCCUCCUGCCUGAAGAAAUCUGCGGGCUGCCAUGCCCUGUACCUGAGUUCUGUGAGUGUGGAGACCCUGACCGGAGCCCCCGCUGUGCAGAAGGCCAUCUCAACCAUCUUGGAGAGGGACAUCCUCCCCACGCCCACUGUGGUCCACUUCAAAGUCACCGAGCAGGGCAUCACCCUGACUGAUGUCCAGAGGAAGGUGUUUUUCCGGCGCCAUUACCCCCUCACCACCCUCCGCUUCUGUGGCAUGGACCCCGAGCAACGGAAGUGGCAGAAAUACUGCAAGCCCUCCUGGAUCUUUGGGCUUGUUGCUAAGAGCCAGACCGACUCCCAGGAGAAUGUGUGCCACCUCUUCGCGGAGUAUGACACAGCCCAGCCAGCCUCACAGGUCAUCAGCCUGGUGGAGGUUCUGCUGCAGGACACAGAAAGGGCGUAAGGGGGAUCUCCCUGCCCAUGUUCCCAGAUGGCCCAAGGGACUUGCUCAGAAACCCCCUCUGGCCCCUGAACAAGUGGCUGUCACCACACUGCAGGACCAAUGUAUAAACUGAAGGAGAAUGAUACUAAAUCGAAACCCUUGAACCCACUAUGACCUUCAUCAGUGACCUUCAUCUAGACAUCCCUGGGCCUCAGUUUCCUCAUCCAUGGAGGCCAAUAGACAGGAUCAGCUGUUCUUCUCAGACUUUGGUGGGCAUCUGAACACACUCUCUGUGAUUCUGAAGCACACCCACAUCUGAGGACCCCCGACAUGAACACAACUUCUGAGGUUGCCUGACUCCAUCAGCCAGGACACCACCAGCACAGCAGCCUGAGCUAGAGCCCUUGACCCUGUGUCACGGCAAACAGCAGGUGCUGGGUCGGCCCCAGGACCCUGGCCAGAGGCUGGCCUUGGAGCAGAUGAUGCAAGGAUUCGGGACCAAGGAAGGAAUGGACUAUGGACUGACUCUCCCUCCAUAUCUGUUCCUUUCCCCACUUCCCUAAAGGCUUCUUGGGCAGCUUUUGCCAGGACAAAGCUGAAUCCUGCCCUGGACUCUUCAGGCCAAGUGGCCAUGGUUGUUGGAGCAGCUUAGCAAGGGGUCAGAGCCACCCAGCUGUCCUCACGGUCUUGAUGUCUAGUCCCCUCCUUUGUAAAUGAGUGUCAAAGCUCCA